GGGGUGAGAAGGUGUUUAUAGCUCAAGAACAGAUGUGCACAAAGAGACUGUGGAUUUCCAAUUCACCGUGGACAGUCUCCUUCAGGUCUGAAACUAAAAGGAAUAGAUUCAUUGUGCGCCUCGCGGAGAAUCAGAAAUCAGAAGACUAUAGGAGAAAGGAGAAAGUACUGACAGUGUACUUCUUGUCGACUGAGAUUCCAGUCUGGCUCCUCUUCUUUGCACUGGGUGUUUCGUCAGACAAAGAAGCGAUGGGUCUAAUUGCUUGUGAUGGAGAUGAUGCAAGCAUUACCAAUAGCCUCAUUGCUUCUGUCCAUGAAGCUGAUGCAGUUUGUGAAGGUUUUCGCCAUGGGAACAGGGCGCUAGCAUAUGUUGAAGAGCAGAUUAAAAGCACCAAACUCCCUCCUGAUGAAAGUGUGGAUGACUGCCUCCACCUAUAUUUGUUUCCAGGCCUCCAAGGUUUGAAGAAAAAAGCCCGAUUCCUUGGCUAUAUGGUGAAAAGCCUUCUGAGCGCAUAUUCUGGGAAAAGAAAAUGUGAAAACAGGGACAGUUUCAGGAACAAGCGAAUUGAGCACUGAUACGAUUGUACAAUGCCACGUCAAGAGGACUCAAGUUGGUUGCUGAUGACGUGGACAAGAAGAGAGGAAAGACUCUGAUUGUGGAGGAGGGUGGCCGUUACGGGAUCAGCUUAAAAGAGCUGUGAAGCUCUUCUUCUUCAUGAUGCUGAAUGUUGAAUAUUGUGAAGAUUGGUCAAGCGAUGUGCUUGUGGUUGGAGAGAGCUUACGGUAUCGUAAAUCUAACAAUGGUGCGAUGAAACUGUGAUCGGAGCUUCAACGCGAUGAAGACGGUGGAGUUUGUGAUCAAUGACGAUGAUGGUUGUAUGGAUACGCCUAUGUUCACCGGAACAGAUCCGUUGCUGUGGAUCUCAAAAGUGGAGAGGCUUUUCAAUUGUGGCUGUUUCUCAGAUGAUGCGAAGCUUGAUCUAGUCUUCUUGUUUUUAGACGGAGUUGCGUUGACAUGGUUUAUGCAGGAGAUUAAUAAAGAGAAAUUUAUGGAAUGGACUGUCUUUAAGCAUAGGUUGUUGGCUCGAUUUGAUCUGGUGAAGAGUUGUUCUUCAUCCGCGAGAGAUUCGUCCUGUGUUCCUGAAUUGGUUGCAACAGAAUCGUCGAUUCACGAUGCAGAAUCCCUUGGUGCAACUGCAAACAUUUCAUUUAGUGAAACUGAUUCGAUUUCAGAGCUUGAAGCGGAGGCAAUGGAAUCAAACAAGGAGACUGAUGUUGUUGCAAAUCCUAAGGUAUCGAUUUCACAAUUGGAACCUAGCCUUAGCGUUAGGAUUUGCAGUGAGUCAUUGGAUAUUAGGAAGGAUGUACCAUCUGUGUUGUUGGCAGAAGAUCGAUCACAAUCAACAUGUGUCAUUGUUAACAACAUUGCACACCAACUGUUCGAUGCAAAGUUUUUGAGUAUCAGACGUGAGAAACGUUUGAUGAAACAGAGCAAAUUUUCAAAGACAUGGAAAUUUAAGUUCAAAAACAUGGCUAUGUCGACCAAUAGAUCACAAAUGGAUCAUAACAUUGGUUUAGUGAGGAAGAAGAAAAGAUUUCAGAACCUGAGAAUGAACAAGCAAGCUCACAUGUCAAGGGUGAUGUCUAAAAUGAGGAUGUUGCAUGAUCCAAGAGGCAUGAAGCAGCUUCUGCAUGGGGAUAAGAAGCUCAUGUUCUUGUGUCAAGUGGAAUCAGGGGAAGCGACAACACUCACACUCAAGGAAGCUGUGUCUGAGUUGAUUUUUCAAGGAUUCAAGGUCUUGACAGCGUAUCCAAAGGUGUAUGGAAAGCUGCAGUUACAAAAUAGACUAGCGAUGGAUAUUCCAGAGUAUGCAGUUAGCUUAACAAGGGUUCAUGCAGUCAACACAAUUUUUCAAGACCGAGAUGCAACACUCAUGACAUGGUUUAUCCAUGGUGAUGCACAGUUUCAAGUGUAUCACAAGUGGAGAAGUAAACCACUUCUAUUUUGGAGCUUGAUGUGCAUUCAGUUUGUUCAUAACACAAAGCCUGCAACUUCUCUAAUUUCCAGAAUUCACAAAGAAAGUGUGAAUUUUCAUAUUGGUGAUCCAUGGUCUGAUUGUGAUCUUGUGGUUUUGAUUGCUAGCAAAGGAGUGGCAGCGACUAUAGGACAUUCGCUAUAUAUCAUGACCUACUACUCUGCAUAUCAAGUGUGGGAUGUAAUGCUCCAAUUAGGUUUCAGGGUACAUCAACUACUAAAGAGACCAAAAUUGUCUAUAUCCUGGAAAUAUAAACUCAAGCUUAUGGUGAUUUGGUUGGAGGAUAUCUCACUUUUUCAUCACAGUUUGGGCAUGGGAAACAAGGUUGUGAUUGGAUUGUAUACAAGACAGAAGGUCCAAGUACGGGAUCAUUUAUGGCUGACCACAAAUGCAGAUUUAUUGCUUUAUCUCUCAGCAAAUCUGAUACAAGUUUCACUACUACAACUACAUCAUACUCAGUGUGGACUGAUAUGUCGAAUGGUCAAUUGGUUGAUUGAGUGUGAGCUGCAAGGUACAAAUACAAGAUGAAAGAGAGUGGUGCAAUGGAGUAUACAAGGGGUGAAAAGCCAGAGUGGGACAAGAUAGUGAAUCUAAUCACAGAAACUCUAUUACGUCAACAAUUGUACAUGUUGCAGAAGGUUGCUAUACAAGCGUCAUCUUCUAUAUGGCACCGCUGGAGACGCAAGACUGUCACAGUUGUUGCAAGCUCACAAGGACCGGCGUUUGUAUCUUGUCACUGCAAUUUUCUCUCUUCAAGCUUGAGGACAAGCUUGUCUCAAUGGGGGGAGUAUUGAUACGAUUGUACAAUGCCACGUCAAGAGGACUCAAGUUGGUUGCUGAUGACGUGGACAAGAAGAG